AUGUCUGACGCUUUGGUUUCUUACGCUGCUCUCAUCUUGGCUGAUGCUGAGUUGGAGAUCUCUUCUGCCAACCUGCAAUCUUUGAUCACCGCUGCUGGUGCUUCCGUUGACAACAUCUGGACUGAGGUGUUCGCCAAGGCUCUCGAGGGACAAAAUUUGAAGGAGAAGCUCUUUGCUAUGGCUGCUGCCGCUCCUGCUGCUGCUCCUGCUGCCGCCGGUGCUGCUGCUGCUGGCUCUGAGGCUGCUGCUGCUGAGGAGAAGGAGGAAGAGGCUGAGGAGGAAGAGGAUGACGACAUGGGCUUCGGUUUGUUUGACUAA